CUCAACUGUUGUCAAUUUCAGUUUUGUAACAUUCAUGGUUAUAUGUCUUAUAGAUGCUCGUCUAUUAUUUAUUAUCAACUGGAGCAAAAGACAAUCGGACUAACUGAUUGUACAACAGGAAGUUAAUAUUGUUAAUGCUCCAUCAAUUCAAAUGGGCAACCUGCACGUACAACCCCCAUCGCUGCCACAACAUGAUCAAGAAAUCCAAUCUAGAAACCUAAAACUAGAAAAGGCUAGGGAGAAUUAUGAACUGGAACAAAACACAUUCGGACUUUCUGAUAUCGUGCAGAGGGAAAUCAAUAUUGUUAAUGUUCCACCAAUUCUUCGCAAACUUCCAAAAGAAGAACGGUGGUCAACUUUGACCUUUAUGAAAUAUAAAGCCCGAUACAUCUUUUUCUUUUUCUAUGGACUGGUUUUUAAUUUUUUACAUUGUGGUGGAUGGACAAUUCGCAAAAUGAUCAAUCAUUUUACAUCUUCCUGCGUACUUAAAGAACCAAAGGGCUGUGAAGUGUGGAGAACCGAAUCUGUAGAUGGACCAAAUCAAACUCGUAAACAAAAAGCUCAAAUGGACCAUUGGUUUGCAUGGCAGAGACUGAAUGGUGUAACACGAAAUCUCAUCAAGCUGGCGACCGAAAUUCCUCAACAAUUUACACCGUUUGUAAAAACAAUAGAAAAUGACCAUCCAUAUCUAGGAGGAAAGUCCCUAAAGACUCAUAUACAGGACAAGACAUUGUUUAUUGUGGACCUGACUGAAGUAUCUUUCAAUGAACCGUCACUUUUGGCGCCUAUUGCCUUAUUUACAAUAUACACCAAUGUGCUGAUGCCAGUAGCAAUUUGUUUUGACAAUAGCCCUAAUAAUAAUGAG